CUCCUCUGCCUUCCCGUCAGCCUUCGCGCGGCGCGGUGCCAUGGCGCCCACAAUACAGAGCGCGCAGCGGGACGAUGGCCACAGGUCCAAUGCUCACAGGGCAGCACCUGAGAGGUCUGGAGUUGUGUGUCGGGUGAAAUACUGCAAUUCUUUGCCGGAUAUUCCCUUUGACCCAAAAUUUGUGACAUAUCCAUUUGAUCCCAACAGAUUUGUACAGUAUAAAGCUACCUCUCUUGAAAAGCAGCAUAAACAUGAGCUGUUAACGGAGCCAGAUCUUGGAGUAGUGAUCGAUCUCAUCAAUCCAGACACCUACAGGAUCGAUAACAAUGUCAUGCUUGACAUUGCGGAUGAGAAAUUACUCGAGGAAGAAAUUCAGGCGCCGUCGAGUUCUAAAAGGUCACAACAGCACGCUAAAGUGGUGCCAUGGAUGAGAAAGACUGAAUACAUUUCCACUGAGUUCAAUCGCUACGGCAUCUCCAACGAGAAACCUGAAGUCAAGAUUGGUGUAUCUGUUAAACAACAGUUUACAGAGGAGGAGAUCUAUAAGGAUCGUGACAGUCAGAUAGCAGCAAUUGAAAAGACCUUCAUGGAUGCGAAUAAAGAGGUCACUCAUCAUUACAGUAAACCUCGGGUUGUCCCUGUGGAAGUUAUGCCUGUGUUUCCUGAUUUUAAGAUGUGGAUAAACCCAUGCGCGCAAGUCAUAUUCGACUCUGACCCAGCACCCAAAGAAGUCACUGGUUCAGGGGCCGUGGAGAUGAUGUCCCAAGCUAUGAUCAGAGGCAUGAUGGAUGAGGAAGGAAACCAGUUUGUUGCUUAUUUCCUACCCAGUGAAGAAACCACAAGGAAACGGAAGCGAGACAGCGAGGAAUGUAUUGAUUACAUGCCUGACGAUAUAUAUGAAUACAAAAUAUCUCGAGAAUAUAAUUGGAACGUGAAGAACAAAGCCAGCAAAGGAUAUGAGGAAAACUAUUUUUUCAUUUUCCGUGAUGGAGAUGGCGUCUACUACAACGAGCUGGAGACCAGAGUGCGUUUGAGCAAGCGCCGCGCAAAGGGUGGUCAUGGCGUUCAGUCCAACACCAAUGCAGUGCUUGUGGUGAAGCACAGAGAAAUGAACGAGAAAGAAUUGGAGGCUCAGGAAGCCAGGCGCGCUCAGCUGGAGAAUCAUGAGCCUGAGGACGAGGAAGAACUGGAACCAGGGAAAGACAUUGUGGGAUCAGAUGACGAAAAGGACAAAGAGAGUGGCAGCGAGAAGGCUGCCAGUGGGGAUGAACGCGCAGCGAGUGAAAGCGAGCGGGAAGAAGAGGACAAAGCCAGCAGCAGGAGCGGGAGCGAAGGGGAGAGCGACAGCGGGGACGAGCGGCAGGCUCGCGCGGCCCGCGACAAGGAGGAGAUCUUCGGCAGCGACGACGACAGCGACAACGAGGAUCAGCCGGACGAGAGUGGCCGCGAGGGCAGCGGCAGCGAUGACGAGCAGCAGAGCGAGGAGGAAGAGCGGCGGAGCAGGAGUGCGUCUAACAGCGGCAGCGAGCACUCGGAUAAUGACAGCCGUCACCCCGCGCAGAGUGGCAGUGAGCAGGGCACAGAAUCGAGUGAGAAUGAGGAAAGUGGCAGCGAGAGUGACUGAAGAGCUUGGCCCUCACAUGCCUGGUGGCAACAUUGUCCAAUGGAUAGGGCCGUGGUCUUAUAAACUCACUGUAACUUUGGUGACCUCCCUUCCCCACCCUCCCUGCCCCACACCCCACCUUUCCUGUCUCUUCAUACAUUCGGUGAGUAUUGCAUCGUGAGAUACAUCUUGAUCGUUGAGCUGUUGACCCAGGUACGUCGAGGGAUGGGAGACUAAACAUCCAGCCAACAGUCUGGAUGCUUGGGUUCAUUUUUAUAAGCAUUUGUAUAAAACUGCAUCUUUCUAUAGUAUGUUAACAGAGAUUAAAAUCCUAUGUAUUAAAGAUGAUAUCAAGGUG